CAUCCUUAGAAAUGUCACGUCCGGUCAUUUUCCCCCCAAUUUUGUUAGACAGUAAUAAGCGUUUUUACCAGCAGGGGGGGUUGCAGUGGCAUAUAAUGCAAAGAGAUUAGCGGAACUUUCACUACCACUGAAUCAAAAACAAAACAUUUAGCGCGGCACCAUUUUGGACAAGCAUGCUAAUCUUUGGAGAGGGAAGAGGUAAUUAACAGGACCCUGUCUUGGGUGACAAACCUGGGUGACCACGGUUUUUCUGUAAGUUGUCUCAUAUUGGCUCAUAUUACUAGGUUUAAAUUUAUAUCUAAGUAUCUUUCAGUUGAGUCUUCAUAAACGAAUAUCGCAUAUGUAUUCACUACAUAUGCAUCUUGAAAAAUUUUAAAUGAGUUGAACCCCUUCCGAUAUACAGUAUAAGCAGUGCAAGUGUUUGGUGCAGUACGUAGGAUAUACAUUAAAAUUUCUAACUGUUGAAAUUCACAAAAUCUAUCAGUUCAUAAGUCUGAAACCUCUUCUUGCCAUUAGAUAUAAAUAUCACUUAAUUAUGUUAAUGAUAUCUUUCUUUUAAACUGAAAAAGUGGGUUUAUUAAAAUCGCUACCAGUAGGUGACGACAGAAGUGCUGAACAUGCGCAACGUAUCAAAUCCUGAUAAGAAAAAGUCAACGACAGAGAAGCAACUGCAGGAACAUUAUCAAGUACUAUACGUUGCGUAAUAUAAUGCAUAGACAAUCACACAAUACACAAUUGUUAAUAAAAAUGAUUUUAAACAUAAUUUCUGCAGUGUUGUAGUUCACAAUAUGGCAUUAAUAUCAACUGUACCUGUGUGAGUGAAUGGUGUGUGACUGUGCCCUGUGAUGGGUUGGCGCCUGGUCCUGAGUUGUUCCCCACCUUGCGCCUGUAGCCUCCGUGAUAGGCUCCAGACCCCCAUGUGACCAUAACCAGAAUAAGCGGUUAAAGACGAUGGAUGGGUGGACUCCUAAACAAUGGUAACCUGUAAACUGCUUGUUAGCAAUGAAGGCAAUAAUGAUAAUAAUAAUGACAGAGCCUCGAAGAUGUAUCGUAGUGGGUGGGGGACAUCGAGGGAAUCCCUUCCAGUAAAGCAGUGUGAUUGUGGGACAUCGAGGGAAUCCCUUCCAGUAAAGCAGUGUGAUUGUGGGACAUCGAGGGAAUCCCUUCCAGUAAAGCAGUGUGAUUGUGGGACAUCGAGGGAAUCCCUUCCAGUAAAGCAGUGUGAUUGUGGGACAUCGAGGGAAUCCCUUCCAGUAAAGCAGUGUGAUUGUGGGACAUCGAGGGAAUCCCUUCCAGUAAAGCAGUGUGAUUGUGGGACAUCGAGGGAAUCCCUUCCAGUAAAGCAGUGUGAUUGUGGGACAUCGAGGGAAUCCCUUCCAGUAAAGCAGUGUGAUUGUGGGACAUCGAGGGAAUCCCUUCCAGUAAAGCAGUGUGAUUGUGGGACAUCGAGGGAAUCCCUUCCAGUAAAGCAGUGUGAUUGUGGGACAUCGAGGGAAUCCCUUCCAGUAAAGCAGCGUGAUUGUGGGACAUCGAGGGAAUCCCUUCCAGUAAAGCAGCGUGAUUGUGGAACAUUGAGGGAAUCCCUUCCAGUAAAGCAGCGUGAUUGUGGGACAUCGAGGGAAUCCCUUCCAGUAAAGCAGCGCGAUUGUGGGACAUCGAGGGAAUCCCUUCCAGUAAAGCAGUGCGAUUGUGGGACAUCGAGGGAAUCCCUUCCAGUAAAGCAGUGUGAUUGUGGGACAUCGAGGGAAUCCCUUCCAGUACGCCCGGUGGCUUUAAAGAGCACCAACCUCCACCCAAACCAAGGUUUUUGUCUCCCUCUCCCGUUGUCUUGCUAUUUCAGAAUGCUACUGUCAGCUUAUCAUAUCAGCAACACUGCAGAAGCCCCUGCCCAAGACUCCUGUGCAUCGACCCUUCCCCUUUCUCUCUUGAAUUGCUUGCUCAGUGUGUGUUUCACAGGAGGAGACACCAUGCUCAAAAUCUACGCAGUGUUCAGACAUCCCCCGAUAUCUCCUCCCCUCACGUUGGAUGGUGGGGCUGCCAGGCCUCUGACAAUAACUGGGAUCCCCCAGAGAAACUCCGCUGCUCUUGCUGCCACUUUCACCAACUACUCCGUCAUCCACACUACUCUCUUUACUGGGUGGGGAGGCGGGAGGAGUUUGAGUGGCUAUGAGCCACUAGCUAAACUUACAGCCCUCUCAUCCUCUGUCCCCUCUCCUCCGGACCAGCCUGCUCACAGCGCUCUCUAGUCUUGUGGAUCUACCUCAGUACCAAACAUUUCUAUUUUCUUUUGCUGCUUCCAUCAAUGCCGCAGAAACCACCUACUACCGCGACAAGAGCAUCACCUCCGCAGGCACAUACAAGAUAUGUUCCACUUUCAGCACCCUCCUCGACCCCCCCGGCCACCACUCUGACUGGUCAUGGCUUUGCUACCUUCUUUCAGGAGACCCUGGAUCUUAACCCCUGUCAUCAGGGCUGAAUUUAAGAUUUUUUAUUGGGGGAAGCAUAAUAGGGGCCAUCAUUUGUACAGGGGGGCCAAGCUUAUCAUUAGCCAAGGAUGUGUUUUGAAUCAGUGAGUGACUGGGGAGGUGGUGCUCCGGGAGGCCAAUCAGAUUUCAGCUGGGACCUUUGCCUUGUGAUCCCACCCCUGUGUACCCCCCUGCCUCCCAUAUCCUCCAAGCUAUGUCUUCUACACUCAUCCCUGCACCCACUCACCUAAUCGACCUGUCAUUCACUUCCAGAACAUUCCAUACUGCACUGAAGCAGGCUUGGCCUAGUUGCCCUUAACCUGUUUGACAGCUGUCUGUUUGUUAUGUGCUAUUUCCCACAUCUGCUAAAUGCUGCAAAUGUAAAUGAACGUAGAACAUUUACAGAUCACACCACGAUAUCAGGGCUUUAGAUGCUUUCUGAGAAAUAUCUGUGAUCUAUGUCAGUAUGGAAUUAUUUUCCACGUUGACAAAACAGAAUGACAGCAAGAAGAGCUGUUGGUAAAUCAGUACCUGUAUUUUUUCUACCUUAAGGCAAGUGCACUAAUUAAACUGUAU